GCGAGAGGAAGUGGCGACGGCGGCGGCAGCGGAGGCCGCGGGGGGGGGGGGGGCGGCGAGUACUGGGUCCGCGCGGGCGGUAGGCAACGGCCGAGGCGGCGGCGGCGGCGGCGACACCACCGUGGGCUGGCUCGAGCGGGCGGGGCGCCUCAGACUCCCGGGAGCCGGAGCCCACGCGGGCGGGCGCCUGAAACAAAGAGAGGCGAGAGUCGGCGCCGCGGGUGGGCGGCCAGCGGGUGCCCGCGCGAGCCCGGAGAGGGGCCGGCCGGCGCGGCCUCAGGGCGGGAAGAUGCCGCGCGUCGUCCCCGACCAGAGGAGCAAGUUCGAGAACGAGGAGUUCUUCAGGAAGCUGAGCCGCGAAUGUGAGAUUAAGUACACGGGCUUCAGGGACCGGCCCCACGAGGAGCGCCAGGCUCGCUUCCAGAAUGCCUGCCGCGACGGCCGCUCGGAAAUCGCUUUUGUGGCCACAGGAACCAAUCUGUCUCUGCAGUUUUUUCCGGCCAGCUGGCAGGGAGAACAACGACAAACACCUAGCCGGGAGUAUGUGGACUUAGAAAGAGAAGCAGGCAAGGUAUAUUUGAAGGCUCCCAUGAUUCUGAAUGGUGUCUGUGUUAUUUGGAAAGGCUGGAUUGAUCUCCAGAGACUGGAUGGUAUGGGCUGCCUGGAGUUUGAUGAGGAGCGAGCCCAGCAGGAGGAUGCAUUAGCACAACAAGCCUUUGAAGAGGCUCGGAGAAGAACUCGUGAAUUUGAAGACAGAGACAGGUCUCAUCGGGAGGAAAUGGAGGUGAGAGUUUCACAGCUGCUGGCAGUAACUGGCAAGAAGACAACAAGACCCUAGUCCUGGUUCCAAUUUAGGUGGUGGUGAUGACCUCAAACUUCGUUAACUAGCACAGUAGACGUGCCACACAUCUUUACGUUGAACAUCCAUGUUUCUAGUCAGCAGAAAUAAUUGAUGAAAAAGACCAGAAACUGUGAUAACUGGAGGUACUUUGGUCUAAUUCUCAACCUAAGGCAGUAACAAGACAUCACAGACUGCCAUGGUUUUGCACUAAAUUAUAAUACCUGCAUUUCUAAUUCUGUCUGCAUGUAGCCAGUAAUAAUUUGAUUUUUUUUUUCUAUGCAAGCUUAUCUUGUUGGCAUUAUUUUAGUGAGUUAAAACAAUCUACUUGUAAAGUUCUUUACUCCAUUUUAAUUUAAAAGUUCACAACAUUUAAAAACAAAAUUUUCAUCAGGUUUUUUUCCCAAUCAGUUGCUUCUUUUUUUUUUUUUUUAAUUUUAGGUGUGUUGAUUAUAUAGCUUCGUUAUAGAUUGUUUUGUUUUGUCUCUGCCAUUUCCUUUGUGUUUUUAUAAUCUAUGGCAUUUUAAAGCUGCUGAUAUGUUUGCAUUAUUUACAAGUUAAAAACCUAGUAGCAUAAAACUGUCUGCAACAGCCUUUUAAGUCAAAGUUUACAGUUCAAGUUGCAGUAUCCUUUAAAUGUUGAUAAUCAGCUUUUUUUUCCUUUCCCUUUUAAAGAUAAAAAAUUUAAUUGGUAUUAACUCUAAUCUGCCCCAAAUUCAUUUCAUAUUCUGUUCUAUAAUCAUUAGUUUGUAUGGAGAUAUUCUUCAUAGAUAAUAAUAUUCUACUGAAAUGCCUAAAGAAGUCACAGGCUGGCUUCUGUUUUAUUCAGGGAUUUUUUUUUUUUUUUAAAGUCAGUCAGAAAAGGGAUACUGGAGCUUCUUCGUAUAUGUAACAGCAUGUUAAACUGGAGACAGUGAUGAAUCAGCUACAAAGGUAAUAUUGUAUUAAAAUCACGUUUAAGAUAGCUGCUUUUAUGUGUAUUUUAUAAGGCAUGCUUUUUUGUAAAAAUUAAUGCUGGGUGAUGAAAGAUCAUUUUAGGGAAAAUGUUCAUCUGCAGAGGAUACAUUUUCUUUCAUUAAUUAUUCUGGAGAAAAAUUACAGUUAUAUAUAUGGUAUUUUCCAAAAAGACAAUUAAUAGAAUCUGUUAUGAACUAGUAUAAGAAUAUUUUUAAAUAGACUUACUGUCACAUUAAAUGCAUCUUUUUUUUUUUUUUUUCAAUAAUAGAAUACUGGAAAAAAGUGCUUUAGGUCACUUGGCAUCUCCUUACAAAUAUUUUUUAUGGUCAUGUUCAUUAAAUGUUACUACAUUUCUGAAUUUUUGCAAAAAAUGUAUUUUAUCAUAAUAGAAUGGCAUUAUUUUAAAGAAUUUGAAAACUGACAUGGUUAAUUCAGAAAAUGAACUGAAGUCUAAAUAAGGUCAUUGUAUUUAAAACACACAUAUAUAUACUUGAUUAAUGAGGGAAGUAUGAUUCAUUGUAUAUAGAUCUUCAUAAACAUCAUGUAUCAGAAUAAAAAUAUGCUAUAUAUUUGAAGUUAUGCAUGGUAAGGAGUGUGUUUAAAUUGUUAUAAACAAUAAUACAUCAUAAAAGAUCAUGCUGGUCUUAUGUAACUAAGUACUAUGAAUGAAUUUGGUUGGUAUUUGGUGUUGUGCAGCUCACAUGUUUACACACUCAGUGCCCUAAUUCCCCCUGAGGGAAUAGCCUUUUAAGUGGUCCUUACAGUGGUGUUUUAAGGUUACUUUAUUACAGAGCUCCUUGGUUUUUCCUUCUGCACUUAAAUGUUUUUAAUAACAUAGUGAUGGUACAUUUUUCUCUUUUGCUUCUAGCUAAGGGCAUCCAGUCCAUCAGUAACUAAGAUCAAAUGUUAUUAAAUGUUCAUGUCGUCAUCCUCUGUAAAUACUGGAUUUUUUCCCCCCUUCAUCACUGUUGCUUUAGUCUUAAUGCUGGCAUUAAGAUCAUGAGCCCUUUUUUUCUCUAGGAUUUGAAAAUUAUUUUCAUUAAGUUAUUGAUGCAAUUUGGUAUUUUCUCAUAAUUUCUAUUUAAACAAAACUACAUCACUGCAUCAUCUUUUCUAAAUUCAUCUCCAUUAAAACUUGCCUUAAGCUACUAGAUUGCUUUUGCCACCAUUAGCCAUAUUGUGUGUUUAUUUACUUUCACAAUAAACUUCUGUGUAGUAAA